AAAUGUUGCGUUCCAAACUCUUGAGUCUGGUGCCUCGCGCCACUGGUUCCUUCAGAACUAUGUCCACUACCACUAAACUAACUACAGUGGAGGUAAAUGAUAAAACAGGCAUUGCCACACUUACCAUGAACCGGCCGCCUGUGAACGGACUCAAUUUGGAUUUAUUGCGCGACCUACGUCAAUCAAUUGCAGAAAUAGAGGGCAACAAAAGUCGCGGUCUUAUAUUGACAUCUUCGAAUCCUACCAUAUUCUCGGCCGGUUUGGACAUAAUGGAAAUGUAUAAGCCAGAUAAAGAGAGAGUUCGUGCAUUUUGGACAGCGCUGCAGGAUGCUUGGCUAGCGCUGUAUGGCAGCAGUGUGCCAACGGCAGCUGCCAUUAAUGGCCAUUCCCCAGCUGGAGGUUGCCUCUUAGCCACAUCUUGUGAAUAUCGUGUUAUGCUGCCUAAGUUUACGAUUGGCCUAAACGAAACGAAACUUGGAAUCGUGGCGCCCAUGUGGUUUAUGUCAUCCUUCCUAAGCGUUCUGCCACGACGCGAGGCUGAGCGUGCACUCAACCAGGGACGCAUGUUUACCACCGAUGAAGCCCUGCAGAUCGGCCUGGUUGACGAGGCCGCCGGCACUAAGGAGGAGGCAUUGGAGAAGUGUGCACAAUUUAUUGGCACAUUUGCUAAAGUAAAUCCGAUUGCCCGUGCGCUAACCAAGCAACAGUUUAGAGCUGCCGAAUUGGAGCAGCUGGAAAGUGAACGUGCUCAGGACUUGGAAAAGUUUCUGUUCUUUAUCAACCAGCCGGCAGUGCAGAAAGGACUAGGCAUUUAUUUGGAAAGUCUUAAAAAGAAGGCAAAGAAUUAAGUUCAUUAUCUUUCAUUUUUCAACAAAUCUCAUAUAGUACUCAUU